CAAGAGGGGAAUUGCGAAACGCAAAAUAGUUUUUUUUAUUAAGUUCAAUUGUAUCGCCAAACGUUUGUGCUAAUCAACAGGACACUUUUGUGCUUUAUUACGGCAGUGAGCAGAAGUGAAAUUUACUACAUCCCAGCUAAGGUAGGCCAACGGAAAGUAGAUUUGUACCUUUUUUAAUUUGACGUUAUUCGAACGUAGGCUAAAGUGCUAACCUGAUAGUACGGUGGUGCGCAAGUUGGUAGAACGGCAAAGGAAUCCAGCGAAGGUGAGAAAUAUUUAGAGAACUUAUAGAAGCGCGUUCUAAAUGUACAAUUUGAAAGUUCAGGUGAAAAACGGAGGCACAAAGCUGAAAAGUUCAGGCAGAAGGUUACGAAUUGAAAGGCCACUAAACGUAAGAAAGAAAAACUACAAUUUCAUUAUGAUUUGUUAAUAGAAUUGUACCCGUAGGAAUUUAAAACUCGCCCAACUUCGAACGAAUAAAGGAGUGUUACAAAUUCGGAAAUUACAUUUUAAAUUCGUUUACGGAAGGAUGUCUGAUUCAGCCAGCACCGCAGCCACUGCUGCCCAACAAGGUAAGAGCGUAGCUAGUAGGUCCCCUAAGGCCAAAAGUGAUACCCCCCGUCAACUCAAGUCCGUUGCUCUUGGCCCCAAUUCUGAGAACGGCAAUACGAAACCAGGCACGACUAAGAAAAGGCCCUCUUCUGAAAAAUUAAACCCCAUUACCAACAAAACUCCUCCCAAAGAAAUUAGCCAUACUUCCUCCGCGAAAACGGUCGUAAAUAUCGGUCACAGCUGUCGGACGUGUAAAUCGGUGGACAAUAGCCAGAUGGUGCAGUGCGACGAUUGUAAUGGAUGGAAUCACUUUAGUUGUGUGGGUGUGAACCAAAAUGUGGAAAGUAAGAAGUGGAACUGUGAGAAGUGCAAAGCGAAAAAGAAGAAGGCAGGUGAUAUCAAGGCUCACAAAAACGCUGCAUUGCCGAAGAAGGUCGAUAAACCGAAGCUGGAGAAGCUGAAGAAACCCAAGCGAAAAUCGUCGAAAGCUGCCUCAGUGACGUCAGCAGGCUCGAGGAAGUCUGCGAAGGCACAUCUAGAGCUGCAGUUACAGAGACUUCUGGCGGAACAGACGCUGUUGGAGGAAAAGAAGAAGUUGAUGGAGAAACACUUUAGCAUUCUCGAGGAGCUGGUCGAUCUCGAAGACGAAGAAGCAGCGGAAGAAGAAGUGGACGCUAAUGCAAAGGUACAGAACUGGUUGGGCGCCGCUGGAAGCAAGCUCCAAGAAGAGGAACCAAAUUCUACAAGUGAAGAAGAAGAGUGCUCCGAUGACGAAGAAGAGGAAGAAAGUGGAGAAAAAGAUUCCAGCGAUAAUUCCGAGGAGGAAACGGAGACAGACAGCAGCGAUGACUCUAGUGAGGACGAAAAGGGAGGAACAAACGAUUUCAGCUUCAAUCCGAAGGAUCGUUCUACGCCAGCGAAGAAAGGUGAAAGUAAGCCCAAACACGCAACCAGUAGCCGGUUAACUUGUAACCUAACGCGCAAUCAGCUCGCCGCUCGCCAUGUUGUCGCUAAGGACUUGCCUGCGUUCUCAGGGAAUCCCGAGGAAUGGCCGAUGUUUUUCUCCACUUUUGAGAGCACGACCCGGAUGUGCGGCUACACAGACGACGAAAACAUGAUUCGGCUGAGGAACUGCCUGAAGGGAGAUGCGUUUGCUGCCGUUCGAAGUUUUCUUCUCCAUCCGAAGACAGUGAACAGGGCGAUGGAUGCGCUCAAAUUGAAGUUUGGACAGCCAAGGUUUAUCAUCGAAUCUCUGAAAGAAAAGGUUCUUGCCAUUCCACCGGUCGACCCUGAGUCGAUGAACGCGAUGGUCGAUUUCGCGCUGGACGUCCAGAACCUGACGGUGACGAUCGACGCCUGUGGUCGGAAGGAGCUCAAGCAGGAUGCUUCGUUGCUGAAUUCCCUGGUUUCCAAACUUCCGGGACCAAUGCAAUUACAGUGGGCGAAACACUCUAGAAGUAUUCGGAAGGUCAACCUGAAGACUUUCGGAAAGUGGAUCUACGAGAUAGGCGAAGACGCCUGUCUGGUUUCGAAGCCGCGUCAGCCCAAAGUACCGUCACACAACCAGGAGCCACGCAGGAGAGCUCAGGCAUACGUGAAUGCUCACGUUGAGCACCAGGGAGAGUACCGUGCUCAUUUCCCAGGAGGUAGCACAUCAUCAGCCGGCGCAAGAAGAACCUGCCCCACAGCGUGUAUUGUCUGCAGGGGAUCUUGUGCAUCUCUCGCGAACUGCCAAGGAUUUCGGGAACUGUCGUACGAUGGACGGUGGGCAAUCACACGUGAAGCCAAGAUGUGCCGGAAAUGCCUGAAGCGCCACAGAGGGGGAUGUGUGUCCAGGAACUGCGGAGUCAACGGAUGCACAUGCAAACAUCACCCAUUGCUGCACAAGCAGCUCAAUCCAGAAUCCGCGCCCAUGCAACCAAACGCAGAGUUCACGCCCAUCCAGACCGGAGACAACGUGCAACGGGAAGAGCAGUCCUGCCACACUCACCUGUCCGGGUCCAGCGCUGUCCUGUUUCGCUAUGUUCCAGUCGUGGUGUAUGGGAACGGGAUUGUGAUCCAUUGCUACGCUUUCUUGGAUGACGGAUCCUCGCUGACACUUAUGGACCAAGAUCUUGCGGACGAACUAAACCUGGCUGGAAAAUCUUGUCCAUUGAGUCUCAAAUGGACUGGAGACACACGCCGUAUUGAAGAUAAUAGCCAGAUUGUCAGCUUAGAAGUGUCCGGCCUAACGGGAGAGCGCUUUCACAUGGGAGACGUACGAACAGUGAGCGGACUGCAACUACCGCCUCAGACACUUGACGCGAAACAACUUCAGGCUGAAAACACCUAUCUGCGAGGGAUUCCCCUGGAGUCGUAUCAUAGUAUCCAGCCUCGUCUACUCAUCGGCGUGCAACAUGCGAACAUGACACUUGUCAGGGAGAGUCGAGAAGGCAAGCCUGGUCAGCCGAUUGCUGUUAAGACCGAUUUAGGAUGGACGAUCUACAGUGGAGCGUCGAAUGGAGAAGCGCUUAGCAUGGUGCACUACACUUAUCACAUUACCUCUUGUGACCACAAGACAGAAUCGAACGCUGAAGAGGAGCAUGAGCGCGGCGUGCAUUACCCGAAUGGCGAAUCGAAGGCAACUGCCUGUACGCGUUCUCCUGCGGUUGAUGGCCCACCUGUGGAUUCAUCAGUCACAUCAUCGACUCGACCGUUCGCACACGUUAAUAUCGACGUUUUGGAAAAAAGGGAAGUGGCUAAAGGGAGUAGAGUAGAGAAGAGAUUGGGGGGUCCUCUGUUUUGUCUUUCUAUCCUCGGGGUGUACUUACUAUUAGCUAGCUCUUUAACCUCAAACUUGUGCAGCGACAGCAAUUGGGAAACAAAUUCCGUUGGCAUCGAUCGAGCGUUGAAGGAGGCGUUGCAAGCUGUAUACCAGCACAAGAUGAUCCAGGAGUUAUGUUUGGUGUCCACCACCUACUGUUUCAAUCUACCGGCAGCUCCCCAGAUGGGGGGGAGCUGGGGACAAUUUGUACAGUCCGUCAAGCAGACUUUAGCGGAGUUACAAUCACCAUAUCGCUCUAAGGAGGAGGAACUUAGGAGUGCCUCAGUCGGGGUCGAAAGCAUCUUCAACGGAAGGCCGCUCACCUAUGUACCGAUCGAGGAUGAAGCCGUUCCUACGCUUACACGAAACCACUGGUUGGUCGGCAGUUUCCACGUGAUCAAGCUAUGA